AUAAACUGUACCUGAUAAUAUUAACUGCGCAGUUCAUACGAGUAAUAUGCAACAUACCGAAGGUGUAUAUUUUAUGAAAAAUCGUGUAAACCCACUUGGGGUAAAGAAGAAUGGUGCCUUUGAUUAACUAACAGGCUGAAAGGCCUGCUAUAUACAACGCCAUUUGUUUUAAAGAGCCGCAAACAAAAGAGCAAUUAUGCCAAACGCAAGUAAGAUAAAAAGUAAACCUUUCAGAAACUGGGUGAAAGCAGGACUUGGUUUGUCCUAUUUACAAGAAGGUCUUCAUGCAUUUACUGAUCGUAUUGUCAAAGCGGAACAUACAAGGAUACAACAACAUCUCCCGAAGUGUUCAAACUGUUCUAUAGGGACCAUUCUCCCGGCGCAUGCCAGCACAAAGGUGUGUAUGCAUGCACGUAAAGAGAAAUGUAACUGUAGUAAAAAAAAGAACAUCAGAAACUGUGGGACAUGUAGCAAGAUAUAUGACAAAAUCAUAUCAGAACACCGCUUUGGAGAUCCAAAUUGGAUAACAGACGCAAGCGCAUGGGGCAACGAUCACUGGCAAAUUGCCAAAUGUUUCAUGACAACUGCAAACAUUAGAUCUAACAAUACAGCAGCCGAGACGGAUGCCGCUGGGUUACUCAGUAUUAUCAUCAAUGGUCUAUUCUUUCAGUCAGAGAUCAACUGCGGUAUCGAUCCACCGAAUGAUUAUUUCAGUCAGGUACGGGAGAUGAGAAAUGAAAUUCUGCACAAUUCGACACUAGAAUUGACAGAUAAUGACGUGAAUAGAUAUCUGCAAGCUAUGAUAGGAGUGUUGGAAGACAAGAAAACACUUAUAAAUGACUCAGCAGCUCAAGCAGCCGUGGAUAAUUUAAAAAAGAUUAUAAGCGACGAAUUAAUCAUUACAACAAAGGAAGAAGCUAAAGUACGUCAAAGUGCAAUGGAUGCUAUCAGGGAGUUUAAAGAACAAUCUGAAGAGCAACUUAAAAAACUAUCAGAGGAGAUACAAAAUAAUAUGAAGGAGAAUCAAAAGAUACAUGAAAAGAAAAUCAGGGAAACAGUUAAAGAGGAAUGUAGCACUUUACAGCAGCAGAAGAUAGAGUAUGUAAAUGAAAUAACUUUAGCAAAGCAAGAGUCUUUAGAUACUGUGAAAUCCACAAUUUCUUCUGAGAUUGAUAAAAGAGUUGAGCCGGAAAUGAAAAGAAUUGACAACCUAGAACACAGACUAGAAGCAGUCGAAAAAGAUCAAAGAGAUUUGCGAAUGAAACAACUGAAUUUAGAAAAGCAGGUCGAGUUACUAGAUGCUGCUGAAAAAAAGCACCAGACAAGGAUUGAAUACCUGAGACAGAAGCAAGGUCUUCAAAUGUACCUUGUGGAUCUCUAUCAGAAACAUUAUGUGAAGACCUCGCUUUCUCCAAUGAUGACUCAUCAAGAUGAUGUUGAUAUCAGCGACGUUUAUGUUUCGCCUAAAAUGGUAGUGGUGGAUACCAGUGGUGAGACUACAGACAGUACAGGGAAUGAGAGACCUAUAAAAAUGUAUCAAGACAUGUUUUGCACAAAUGAAAAACAAAACACAAGGAUAUAUGUCGUAGGUGAAGUGGGGACGGGCAAAAGUUCGUUUUGUAAAUGGACGAUAAAGAAUUGGUGCAGAUCAUUCGAUGACAGAAGAAACGUCAGAGACUCAAGUGGCAUGGAAGAGCAGAAUAUAACACAAAACGAAUUAAACAGUGCAUGCUGUUUGAAUCAAUUUGACUUCCUCUUUUAUAUACAUUUGCGCGUCAUGGCAGGCUAUACCAAUGAUUUAACUGAAAUGAUAAAAGCUCAGUUUAAAGAUUACAAAUCGCUUAUUGAGGAAAUAUUUGCUAAUGAUUCUGAGCGAUGUUUAAUUUUAGCUGAUGGUUUGGAUGAAUGGAAGCCAACCGAGACAACUCUACCAUUCCCGCAGCACCACACAUUUGGCAUUCCAGCAUCAGGUUCUGCUCGUGAAGCUACAAUAAUAACAACAUCUAGGCCCUCUUGUCCAGGUAUGCUUAAUAUGAAGUCAUCGGAAUACGAUCUGAAAGUGACAAUCUCAGGUUUAGAAGACAGUUUUGUUAAAUCUGUGAUAGAAAAAUAUAUGAAACUGUUAGAUAGAACGUCACUUGUGCCAGACUUCAUUUCUGCAUUUUUGGGCAGGACUAUCGAAGAUAUGAAGAAAACUCCAAUGCUGCUGCAGCAGAUCAUUUGGCUUUAUUGUAAAGGGUAUGACCUUAUAGGUAAAUCAACUUGUUACUUGUACUCACAUAUUGUUAAUGUUGUAUUUGCCUGGGUAAACGAAAAAAAUGAAACAGUAAUUACAUUGCCUGAUUUUCGAAAUAGUCCUAUGGGACAAAUUCCACUUCCAAAAUGUUUUGAAAAGUUUGACAGAUGUCAAGAAAACCGAACACUGAUAUUACUCUUAGGAGAAGUAGCUUUUGAGACGUACAUAAUAGGCAAAUCCACUUCAGUUGGUAGAUCUAAACUGAAAGAGAAAGGUUUAUCAGAUACUGAUAUUUCUGCUGUCGUAAAGACUGGCAUUUUAACUGAAGAGAAUUGUGCCGACCCGACUUUUCACAAAUCACAGAUUUCAUUUACUCAUACAUCUUUCCUUGAGUUUUUUGCCGCUGUAUACAUGUCUAGUUGUUAUCUACAGCAAAUUCAUGAUGCUAACUCCAUCAUCAUUACUCCGCUCGAGGACAUCAUUACGUCUGUUGACGAAAUACUUCGAUUAGGAGAUGUGCUAAUCAAUAUGUGCGGACUAGCUCCAUUCCUCACAGAACGUAUUUCUGAAUGCGUAUAUAUUGUAACAUCAAGAGAUGAGUCAGUAGAUGCGUACACCAUAGUUCUAUAUACAGAUAUAAAAGUAGUGCAGAUUCAGAACUUAAUCUUCAGCUGUUUAUCAGAACAUUACUCAAUGAAUCCAAACACUCUGGUCAAAGCGAAGCUGUGCCAUUUUAUAAACAUAAAUCCUAGAUAUAUGGCAUUAACACUAUGUCAUCCCAGUGUUAACCCCUCCACUCUCGUGACAUGCCACAUCGGGAAUAGAGUGCUGUCACACGCGCACUGUUUAUACUUUCAAUCAUUCCUGUCACAAGCCGUAUCAUUGAGAAGUUUAUAUUUACAUGCAUUUGGAUGUUUAGGUGGUGGAGGUCAUUGUAUAGAUCUGUCGAAUUGUAAACAGUUAGAAUGUCUAACAUUGUGGCGUUGUUGUCAAAUCGGUGUGUUCAAAGUUCAUCCUGCUAGUUUCCGGUCAUGUAGAAUCGUUGGCUGUGCUAUAAUGUCACAGGAGCAUUAUGUGUUAUUAUUGUCGUGUCUGUCACAAGCGGUAUCAUUAAGACAUCUUCGGUGGGAAGGUGAUAUAGUGGAACAUUCUGAUUGUGAAGGUCACCGACUAGAUCUUGCGAAUCAUAAACUACUUCAAACCCUUAUUUUAUCUUCAUGUAACGUAACCUUUGACUCCGUACCGCAUUCUAUUUACCUUGAAGUAUGUUCAAUCAAGGGCAUUAGGUUACCUCACGAGAAGUGGUUAUCAUUUUCGUCCUGCCUACUGCAAGCUGUAUCAUUGAAAUCGAUACGGCUGCGGGAUGCCAAAUGCACCAUGACUGGAUGUAGUGGCCAUUGUAUAGAUCUGUCUAAUCAAAACCUACUACAAGAUAUAUGUUUAUAUGAAUGUUACCAAAUUUGUAUAUCUGGAUUAAAUCCAGACUCUCCAAAGUCAUGUAAAAUUGAAUACUGCAAAAUUUCGUGUGAGCAAUUCUCAUUACUAUCGACAUGCCUAUCACAAACACCAUCAUUGACAAACAUUAUCUUAAAUCACAUCAAAUGUGCACGGGAUGGAUGUGAGGGUCAUCGUAUCGAUCUUUCUAACCACAGACAACUAAAGAAUGUACAGUUGUCAAAUGCUUAUAUGUACAUCCGCGGUGUAAGUCCUAUGUUUUCUGGUAAAUGUAUGAUUGAAUUCUGCAAGUUAACACACGAGCAAUAUUCAUUAUUGGCAUCAUUUCUGUCCCAUGCAAUAUCAUUGACAGAUAUUACAAUUCGCUCUGUCAAAUGUGAACAGAAUGGAUGUGAAGGUCAUGGAGUAGAUUUGUCUAAUCAUACAAAACUAGAGAAUAUAGACCUUUCAUAUACCCAACUGUACAUCUUCGGUGUAAAUCAUACAUUUUCCGGCAGGUUUAUUGUCAAAUGUUGUAUGUUAACACAUGAACAAUAUUCAUUAUUGUCUUCGUUCCUGUCAAAUGCUUUAUCGUUGAUGCAUAUUGAUUUACUUCGUGUCGAAUGUGCACGGAAUGGAUGUGAAGGACAUGAUAUAGAUCUAUCAAAUCAUGCACAACUACAAAAUAUAAGCCUGUUAUCUACUCGUAUGAAUCUGUUAGGUGUACAUCCUACGUUUACCGGUAGACCUACUAUUAGACAUUGGCGGUUUAUGUGAAGUCUGACUGUGAACAUAGAAUGCGGACUGUCUAGGGAACGUUUCAAAACAUUUUCUUUUCAAAUUCAGAAUAAUAACUCCGCAAACAUAAUUUCGAGCGUACGUGCCAAUGAUAUGCUCAACAAGGCUUUAUACCAAGCACUUUCUACUAUCAUUGAAACCGUUGAAGCGUUGACAAAAAAUUCAAGCAGUGUUUAUACCCUAUAAAUCUGCCCCCAGUAAAAAGAGGUAAUCUCAAAGCAUAGAAACUAUUUUUUUUUCAGUUCUGAAUUUAACUCAACCGAGUGUUACAUUUUAGAAAUUUUGCCGUUUUAAAAUAGUUUUUUUUUCUGAUUUGUAUGUAUAUUUAGGUCAUUAAAACAACAGUUAUACUGUUGAACAAUUUCUGAAAUACAAUCCAUUAAUAUUUUACACAAAAAUAUCUUUACUUAGAUAUUGUUUAUUUGCAAAUUUUCUCAAAUAAAACAAUUUCUAAGAGCAUUUUCCUAAUUCCACUGGUGUUGAUGGCGUUCCCAAAAUGAUGAAAAAGGAAUUUCUAAGUCAAAUAAGGCGGCGUAAAGAAAAAAAAAUGUUUGUUUCCGGUAUCCCGACCUACCUUAAAAUUUUGGCCCGACCCUAAAUGUUUUAUGACCUUGGAGAAUAAUUUUUUCAACUUUUUGACAAAAAGUUGCCGAACUGCACUUUCUAUGCUUUACACAUGGUCAGUGAUGUUAGAAAUCAACUUCCUGAUGCUCUAAUGACAUAAACCCCUAGUUUGUAUUCAUUUUUUUCUACACAAAAAUAAUUUCCGAAAAGACUCCCUUGAUAAAA